GUCACGUUUUUAUCUCGGUAAAACAUGUCCGUCUAUCAAAGUGCUGCUCUUCUUCCUUCCUUUAUCAUUUCUCUUCUUAUGUUUAGUACUUUCUGAUUAGUAGUAGUUUCUUUCUUCUGAUUAUUAUGAUUUCCGGUGGAAACUGGUCAUUCAUUCCAAAGUCUGUACCUCGUACCUAUCUUCCUUUACUCGUGAUAAGUCCUUGUGUUUAUACCGCUCUACUUUUGCGGUGAAAUGCUAUAUUUGUUGCUGAUUCUGUGAGAUUUUUAGUUUAUUGGUAAUGAAGUGCUUCAUUGUGUUUUCUGGGAAUCCUGACAAAAACGAUAUAGUCCCUCAUGCUGCGCGCUUGUAGAUCCAGUAUGAGUUCUUUCAUUUGUUCGUUGUUUCCUAGGUUACUGGUGAGAGCUGUGUGGUAAAUUACUAACGGAUAGGAGUCGUGUUUUAUUGAUUUUUUGCCUUGUUAUCGCUGGGACUUCUUUCCAAAAACGUUCACGUUUUGCCUGGAGUUCUCUGUGUAGUACUUCAGCCAGAGAAAGAAAUUUGGUGGUCUUCGGCUUGUUCCGGUGAGCUGGAUGGACCUGCACACUUGUGGGAGAUCCUAAUCGCUAUGUCUCUCUUCCCCAUAACUAACCCACAAAUCAGUUUAUGCUGAAGACUGGACUCUACAAAUUGUAAAAUUUUCCAUAUCAACAGAAAUUUGACUUCAUCCCUGAUACACCGGUAUCUUAGUAAAGCAACAAACAGAAGAAACACCAUCACAUGUAUUCAUAGCCAAGAGACGUUAACAAGGACUACAAUAUUGAAAACCAGCAAUUGUUCUUCUACAGCUGAUGCUUGACUGAGGUCCUGAGCGUCAUUUCUACAUCAUGGACCAUCCUGCACUGACACGAUCCUCGUUAGAGAUCGAUGUGGAUUUGGGAUUUGCGCUCUUCUUCCUGUUUCUUCUCUGCCUCUUCUUGGUCAUUACAGUCGUCCGCUGUGCCCAAACAGUGAUAGACCCUUAUGGCUCUAUCCCCACCUCCACCUAUCAGGAGGAGCAAAUCAGUAACUGACGGUUGAUUUGGCCCAUCCCACGUGGUGAAUACACUGCAGGGGUUGGGCCUGAGCUUUUGUGAGGACUAUCUGUGAAAAUGUGGAGUUUUGCUAAUGGAGAUCAUGGUGCAAAACUAAUAGUGUAAAAAUAAGUUUUAUAUCACAAUAUGACAAAUGAAAAUGGUUAUACAGUAGGUCUACUGUACAAGUCUUACCCCCUAAAUGUUUUAAUCUAAAUUUUGUAUUUGUAAUUGUUUUGUCUUGUCUAUUACUGUGUCAGUAUAAAAUUGCAAAUUUAAAAUGUCCACACCUUCAUCUUUCAAAAAACAAAUGAGUCAAAGUGACAAGUUCUGUAAGAAAAUAUCAAUGCCAAAGAUUGAUUUGAUUUAGUUUUUUUCUACUUUUGCACAGUUCUGCAGAAACUAAUUAUUUGGGCUAUCACUGAUUAUGGCCUACUGUUCUUGGCUCAUAAACCAUAAUAUUUUUAGUUAAUUUAAUGGAUAUUAAAAUGUUAAAACAUAAAAAAGUUUUUUUUUUAUAUAUCUUCAUAACAAUACAUAACAAUAUUACCAGUCAUUAAAAAAAGAAGAAAAUUCAGUAUCAUUCACUUUCUAUUUGUAUAGUAAUCAGUGGUCAAGAGAAAUUUAGCAAAAAUAUAACAUAAUGCAGACUGUUAGAAACUAUAUAAACUCAUCCUUACCGGACAGUUGAAGACUGAAUAACGAUUCUGAGGCUAUCAUGAGCACAGACUCACCAAAACUGUACAAGACUGGAAAAAGACCAGGUGAUUUUUUCCCCCUAAUCUUCAACUGUCCACUUUGGGUGAGUCUUUGCCCAUGACGGCCUCGGAUUCCUGUUCUUGGCUGAUCAGAGUGGAAGCCAAUGUGGUCAUCUGUUGUUCUAUUGUAGCCCAUCUGCCUCAAGGUUUGAUGUUUUGUCCAUGCUGAGAUGCUUUUCUGCUCACCACGGUUGUAAAUGGUGAUUAUAUCAGUUACUAUAGCCUUACUGGCAGCUUGAACCAAUCUGGCAAUUUUCCUCUAACCUCUCAUGUCAACAAGGUGUUUCCACCCACAGAACUGUCAAUCACUCAAUGUCCCCCCCCCCCCCCACCAUUCUGUGUAAACUCUAGAGACUGUUGUGUGUGAAAAUCCCACUAGAUCAGCAGUUUCUGAAAUACACAAACCAACCCAUCUGACACCAUGCCACGAUCAAAGUCACAGAGAUCACACUUUUCCACUAUUCUGAUGUUUGAUGUGAAUAUUGACUGAAGCUCUUGACCUGUAUCUACAUGAUUUUAUGCUUUGUGCUGCUGCCACAUAAUUGAAUAAUUGGAUUGUGAGUGUAUAUUUGGGAGAAUAUUUCCUGGGGUCUUUGUUUCUCUGCAUCUUGUAAACUGUAUGCCUUUUAAUUAUUCAUGUCACUGUACAUAACCUUGGUGCAUGUACACAGUGUUGAGAUUGUAACUUAAUGAAAUUUAUGGAGCAUUUUGUGAAAAUGAUUGAUCAAGGUAACUGACAAUGUCACAAAAGGAACAUUAAA